AUGCUUCCUCGGCUCGCCGCCUCUGGAACUUCUUCAUUCCCUCUCGAUAUCGUCUUACUGCAAGGGGGUCUAUUGCGAUGCAACAACACCCCAAACGCCGUCUCUUUUGGAAGAAGAAAAAAAGCGCCUCCCCCUGUGAAGACUAACUCGAAAGCUCAGACUGGUCAGCCGCCCUCAGCAGUAGCUCAGCCUAUAUCGCAGCCACAUUCGACUCCUCAGCGUCAGCCUCAGGCACAGACGGCGACACAACAACCUAUUCAAGAAGAAGACCGAGAUUGUUGGGGCAAUGUUUGCCUCGCACUUUGGUGUAUACCCUUUGGUAGUGACUGA